UAAUAAAAGGGACUGAGGGAGAGUUUUUAGAGUGUCCACGUUGGACAGAAAAAUUAGCCAAUCAAAAACUCUUUUUUGACACGUCAUUAUGUCUUCUUUCGUAUGGGCUCUAUUGUUUCGUAUGGGCUUUAUUAUUCAGAUUAUCCUGCGGCCCAUCUUAUCAUACACACAAAUAUGAUAUCUCUUCCACCGUAGAAAAUCUUUUCUCCGACUCUUCCACCUCCGACUUUUCCACUUCAUCUUCUCCAACGCCUGCCUUUUUUCCCACAACGUUCUCAAUCAAUUACACCGUUAAAGAUGGUCUUCAAUGUUGUGAUCCAUCUCCCCUUUACUUCUCUUAUAUAUGGCUCUAUCCCUAAACCUAAUUCUACCCUAAAUAAAAAAACCUACUCUGCAAAAAAAAAACCUAUGGCAAUGAAAUCCGCCGUAAAGUCUCAGCUUACCACCAGAAAAGCUCCCCUCGCCAUGUAUUUCAAUGACAUCUCUCCAGGACUAUCAGAGUCACAGCUCCGAUUUCGAGUAAUCCACUUUUGGGAGGCAAAAAAUAUAGCUAAUAGGACCCUCAUUGGGAUAGAGCUCCUACUCAUCGACGAACAGGGGACUGUGAUGCAAGGAUUCAUUUCCUCUUCUCGUGCUCCAACAUACCUGCCUCAUCUGAAAGCAGGAGCAACUUACACCCUUCAGAAUUUUUUGGCUGCCACAAGCAAGGAGAUUUACCGCGUCGCUGAUCAGAAUUUAACAAUUUCAUUCUCGAACGGCUCUGUUCUUGCUCCUCUCGACGACAUCCCCGUCUCCGUCUCUUUUCCAACCGACAGGUUCAGGUUCCAGACACAUGAGGAUUUCCAAGCUCACCGUGGUCUCAGGGGCGAUCUCUACGAUGUCGUUGGCCACUUGAGGCUGGUGAAUGGUCAGUCUCUCAUUGACCGCCCUGUCCUUGACGAAGCCGAAGUAAUCAGCACGCGUCGUAUUUUGGUUCAUUUGCAAUCAAAAGAUGAACCUGUUAUGAAGCUCUACCUUUGGGACCAGGCUGCAAAGGACUUUUACAAGAAAUUCACAUCCAGUGAGGACACUCCCACCGUUCUUUUGGUCACGACCGUUAACCCAAAAGUUAUAGCAGGUAAUUUAGCUCUCAGUUCGAUGGCCUCCUCCCGUGUCUUUAUAGACAAAGAUAUUCAGCCCACGAUUGAUUACUUCAGCUGGUUGGGUUCUAACCCAGAGAUUGCAAAGCGGGUAAAUGCAGAUGAGGUUACUAGGUCUGAGACAAUGACAAUUGGGCAGAUCUAUGCUUACAUCAAGCAGGAAAAUGCCAAGGAAGCUUCUUUCGACUGCAUAGCCACAAUUGAUGAUGUUAAGCGUGACAGUGCAUGGUACUAUAUUGGCUGCAGCGGUUGUCAAACAAAGGCCACCAGAGGUCCUUCUUCGUUAAUGUGCGCCAAGUGCGGCAAAACUAAUGUGUCUGGUGUAGCGAAGUAUCUCGCAAAGAUCUCUGUCUAUGACAAAAAUGACCAGGCUGUUUUUGUCCUACUUGGUGAUGCAGGAAGUGAGUUGACAGGAAAGAAUGCGGCAGAAUUGGUUAACAACUACUUUGAGGCUAAUCAAGACCUUGGUGCUGGCCAUCAGAUGCCUGUCCCCCAAGCAUUAAUCGACACCAUUGGCCAAACACAUAAGUUCAGGGUCAAGGUGUCUAAGCUCAACUUGACAGGCAAGAUUCAGGCCAUAACCGUUACGAAGAUUGUCUCAUCAGAGGUUCUGCCACCUGUGCCAACUCCAACUGAAAUCCCACAUGAUGUGGAAGAUGAAGUUGCCUUGCCUUCUGCAAUUGUCAUUGAUGGCUCUGGAUUCAAAGCUGAUGAUGCGGACGGAAGUACCAGCAGCAUGGAUGAAUCACGCAAGGCUAAGCGUCCCAAACAUGGCAAAUAGAAUUUAUGCCACUCAUUUUAUACAUGCUAAGUGGUCGCCUUUUUUAUUUCAGUUUGAGCUAAGACUAUGCUUUUUUGGUUAUUUGAGACUUUGUGUCUACAGAACAACUUCGUUUUUUUUUUUGGUAAUGCCUACUGUCCUUCAGAUGAGUCUAUACAAUUGAGGCAACACUCCUUCUCUGAUAAAUUAGAUACAUAACACGGACAUAUAUUGCCUUACUAAUGUCAACACUAACGCAAUCAAAGUUUUAAAAUACAAUUCAAGUUUGAAUAAACUAAGCGAUAUAACAUUAAAGCAAUGUUAAAAAUAUAUCACCGACCAAAAAACAUUAAAGCAAUGUUACAAAUAUAUAUCGCCUACCAAAAAACAAUUUACGCUCACCUCCAAAUAAAAAAAUAGAAACAUAAUAUUUUACAAAUCAUAAUGUACCAUAAAUAUUCCACCAUUAGACGAACGUGAUUGACAGCAUAAAUUUUGCACCCAAACAUUAAGUCAAACCCAAUUGUUUUGAUAAAAUCUUCUUCCGAAAAAACAUAAGAAAUUAAUUAUACUAUGUGUUUUUGCCAUACUUGCGGGCUUAGUAAUUUUACAAAAACUUAUAAAUAGAUUGUAUAUUAUCAAUUCAAAAGCCAUUAGAAUAAAUUAUUUUAUUUUUAUAUACGAUUAAAAAAGCUAUUUUAAUAAAAUAUCUUUUAUUAUGUAAAAUAAACUUGAAAAAAUUUAUAUACACAUAAAAAGUAUAUAGGAUUUGUAUGGAUUUUUAGAAUAUUGUUAUGUGAAAUAUUUUGGGAUGGCAUAAUCUAUAAUCUUUUUAGAUAAUGAUAGUUAUCAAAUUAAUGAAAAUCGUUUUUAUUUAUAGGUAAUUAUUUAUUAACAAAUAUAAUCUAAUUAUUUAUUAAGAGAUAAUUACUUUAAACGUUCUAAUUUUUAACGUGAGUGCGAAAAAAUCAUUUCCAAAAUAAUAGUAUAAAUAUUUUAGAAUUAUUCGCCAUUUUAUUUUCAAAAAUUAUCACAAUAAAUAAUUUUGAUAGUCCUAAGAAAUUUAUCAUAACUGAUUGAUGAUUUAAUAUAUGUAUAUAUAUAUUAAAAUAGAACCAGUUUAAUAUUACUAAACCAAAUAUAAUAUAAAUAUAUAUAAUAUAUAUAAUAUUUAUAUUACUAAUUUAAAUAUAAUAUAAAUUCAAAUAUCAUAUUAUUGUUAAUUAUUUUAAAUUAUUCUAAACAAAAAUACUAUCUCAAAAUAAAAAUACGCAAGUUUAAUU